ACAAAAUGGGUCAGUUAUUUUGCUGCGUAAAGGUGGACCAGGCAACAGUGGCCAUGGAAGAGAAAUUUGGGCGGUUCCAGGAAGUGCUGGAGCCAGGGUUUCACUGCGUGCCAUGGAUUUUUGGAACCCAAAUCAGAGGCCAUCUUUCCUUAAGAGUACAAAAACUGGAUGUCCGCUGUGAAACGAAGACCAAGGAUAAUGUUUUUGUGACUGUUGUGGCCUCUGUUCAAUACCGUGCUCUUGCAGAAAAGGCCAGUGAAGCUUUUUAUAAGCUGAGUGAUACGAGGGGACAAAUUCAGGCGUAUGUAUUUGAUGUUGUUCGUUCAAGUGUCCCAAAGAUGAAUUUGGAUGAUGUAUUUGAACAAAAGAGUGAGGUUGCUAAAGCUGUUGAAGAUGAACUUGAAAAGGCUAUGACAAACUAUGGAUAUGAGAUAGUGCAAACGCUCAUUGUAGAUAUAGAACCUGAUGUGCAUGUGAAGAAAGCAAUGAAUGAAAUAAAUGCAGCUGCAAGAAUGAGAGUAGCAACACAAGAAAAAGCAGAGGCAGAGAAAAUUUUACAAAUUAAAAGAGCAGAAGGAGAAGCAGAAUCAAAGUAUCUAUCAGGAGUUGGUAUUGCUCGGCAAAGGCAAGCAAUUGUGGAUGGGCUGAAAGAGAGUGUACUUGCUUUCUCAGGGAAUGUGCCUGGUACAAGUGCAAAGGAUGUGAUGGAUAUGGUGUUGGUGACACAGUAUUUUGACACAAUGAAAGACAUUGGAGCACAUUCUAAGACUUCAUCAGUUUUCAUACCCCAUGGGCCUGGUGCAGUUCGUGAUGUUGCUCAGCAGAUCAGAGAUGGACUGCUUCAGGGAUCACAUGCUUAUCAGUAAAUGUUCUCUCAACAAAACCAGCAACAACAUUCAAGAUAAUGGACAUGGUGAUAAUAAUGUUUUAAGGGUUUGAAAAACAUACUGUGAAUCUUUCUUUGUUUUAUUUGUCAAUUUGCAUCUACACUUAUGUCUUUUCCGUUAUAUAUGCAUGUUUUAUACAUUACAUUGGCAGCUCGUCUUGCAUGAUGAAAUGCUGAUUUUAGAAAAUUAGUAUACUAUUUGUGAAUUUGCAUCCAUUAUUUUUGGAUGCCAUGAAU